AGGAAACCCGGCAACAACAACAACAACCGCCCACCCUCCCCGCCUCAGCGCGAUUCCCGCCAAAAUCGAGAGAGGGCACGAUAGUCGCGACUUCGUCCCCGCCCCUCCCCCUGAGGGGACGCGGCCUCGCGGGGCCGGGACGGUCCAGGUGGGAAGCAAAAAAAAAGCCUUAUUUAUUAUCAUUUUCCCCACUGUUGGCAUGGCAACACAGGCGUACGUAACGGAAUUACAGGCAGCCCAACAACAGUCACAACAGCAGCAACAGUCACAGCAACAGCCAGCAGCAACGGCGGCCACAGCGGCCCCUGUGGUGGCGGCGGCAGCAGCAGCUCAGCAACAAUAUGUGGCAGAAUUGCAAGGUGCACAGCAGCAGCAGCAGCCCACUCCGAAACAAUAUGUCUCAGAAAUCCCGCCUCCUCAGACGCAGGCUCCACCCACUGGACAACAGACACCAACACCAGCCCCGCAGCAGUACAUUGUAGUGACUGUCCCUGACGGCUCCAUGAGGCCCAGUGACACGGUUUCAGAGUCCAGUCCAGGCUCCACAGCUACACAGUCAGGGGUGCCGACUCAGGUGGUCCAGCAAGUCCAGGCUACUCAGCAGAGGUUAUUGGUUCAAGCCAGUGUGCAGGCGAAGCCCGGAACAGUGUCCCCUCUGCAGCUCACAAGUGUGCAGGUUCCCCAGCAGCGGCUGGUGGUACAGAGUACUUCACAGGCUAGUAAAGGAGGAACGGUUGCGCUGGCCAUCCAUGGUGUUCAACAGGUCCACUCUUCGCCUGAGCGCUCCCCUGUCCAGAACAGCAGCUCCGCCUCUAAACCAGGACAACAGCUCCAGGUCCACGGAGUCCCGCAAGUGCCUGUAGCGCAAGAGAGAUCUGUUGUGCAGACGACUCCCCCAACUCCCAAAGCAGGCACAGUGCAGCAGCUGGCAGUGCAAGGACUUCAACAGGUUCAUGUUACUCAAGAGGUCCAGCAGCUCCAGCAGGUACCUGUGCAGCAUGUCUAUCCUAACCAAGUGCAGUACGUGGAAGGAGGAGAUGCCAGCUACACAGCAAGUACCAUACGCUCCAACACUUACCCUUACACGGAGACUCCUCUCUACACUCAGAACGCUGGAGCAAACUACUAUGAAUCGCAAGCCACCCCGACCCAGGUCUCCACCCCAGCAACCUCCCAGACAGUGGCCAGCAGUGGCUCAGUGCCCAUGUAUGUCUCCGGAGGACAAAUCAUAGCCAACCCAAGUGGAGGCAGCAGUGCUGGAGGAGGGAGUGGAGGUGGGGGUGGAAGCGGUGGCGGCAGUGGUGGCGGCAGCACUGCUGGAGGCGGAGGCAGCGCUGGCAGCGGCAGCACAGGGACAUACGUGAUUCAAGGAGGCUACAUGUUGGGAAGUUCAAGCCAGUCCUACUCACAUACCACCCGUGCCUCCCCAGCAACUGUGCAGUGGCUGCUGGAUAACUAUGAGACAGCUGAGGGUGUGAGCCUUCCACGCAGUACCUUGUACUGCCAUUACCUCCUGCAUUGCCAGGAGCAGAAACUGGAGCCCGUCAAUGCAGCGUCCUUUGGCAAGCUGAUCCGUUCAGUGUUUAUGGGCCUCCGUACUCGCCGGCUUGGAACCAGAGGGAACUCCAAAUACCACUACUACGGGCUGCGCAUCAAAGCCAACUCCCCACUGCUGCGGCUCAUGGAGGACCAGCAACACUUGGCCAUGAGGCAACAGCCCUUUUCCCAGAAGCAAAGGCUCAAACCCAUUCAGAAGAUGGAGGGCAUGACCAACGGAGUGGCUGUAGGGCAACAGCAGGCCUCCGGGCUAUCUGACAUCAGUGCCCAAGUGCAACAGUACCAGCAGUUCUUGGAUGCUUCUCGCAGCCUGCCUGACUUUGCAGAGUUAGAUCUACAAGGGAAGACCCUCCCGGAGGGCAUCGGGGCGGAAGAUGUGAAAGCUUUCCAGUUGCUCUAUCGAGAACAUUGUGAGGCCAUUGUUGAUGUGAUGGUAAACCUGCAGUUCACCCUGGUGGAGACGCUCUGGAAGACCUUUUGGCGGUACAACUUGAACCAGCCCAGCGAAACCAGCCCCAUCGUCAUCCACGAUGAAGCGGAGAAACGCCUCCCAAAGAGCUGCUUGGUGACCCUGUCCAAGUAUGAGCCUGUCCUCAAAUGGGCGAAGGACUGUGACAACCUGCUGUACCAGGGGCUAGUAGAGGUCCUGAUCCCAGAAGUGCUCCGGCCCAUUCCGAGUGCCUUGACGCAAGCAAUCCGAAAUUUUGCAAAAAGUUUAGAGAGCUGGCUGACGAAUGCCAUGAUGAAUAUUCCAGAAGAGAUGGUCCGCGUGAAGGUGGCAGCAGCAAGUGCCUUUGCCCAGACCCUGCGGCGGUACACCUCCCUGAACCACCUUGCCCAGGCUGCCCGGGCCGUCUUACAGAACACAGCCCAAAUCAAUCAGAUGCUGAGCGACCUCAACCGGGUGGAUUUUGCUAAUGUCCAGGAGCAGGCCUCGUGGGUGUGUCGGUGCGAGGAUCGCGUGGUGCAGCGCCUCGAGCAGGACUUCAAGAUGACUCUGCAACAGCAGAACUCCCUGGAGCAGUGGGCGGUGUGGCUGGAUGGUGUCGUCAGCCAGGUCCUCAAGCCCUACCAGGGCAGCCCCAGCUUCCCCAAAGCUGCAAAGCUCUUCCUCCUCAAGUGGUCCUUCUACAGCUCCAUGGUGAUUCGGGAUCUGACCCUGCGCAGCGCGGCCAGUUUUGGCUCCUUCCAUCUCAUCCGCCUCCUCUACGAUGAGUACAUGUAUUACCUGAUAGAGCACCGUGUGGCCCAGGCCAAGGGCGAGACUCCCAUCGCUGUCAUGGGAGAGUUUGCAAACCUGGCGAGCUCUUUGAAUCCUUUGGACCCAGAUAAAGAUGAGGAAGAGGAAGAGGAAGAAGAGAGUGACGAGGAGAUGCCCCAGGAAUUGUCUCUCAGCUCCAAUGAGUCCAGUAGCUUAACAGCCGAGCCCAUGGAGCCACCCUCGAAGUUGGCACGGACAGACUCGCGGGGCAUCUUUGUGCAAGCCCUGCCCUCCAGUUAAAGAGCGGCGAAGGAGGGACUGACUGCGAAAGCGUCCGGCAGGAGGCCAGGGUGCAUCUUGCGCUGCGUUGUGCUGCCCUGUGAUAAAGAUGAGCUGUUCCCUGUCUCCGAGUGGUAUGCAACGCGCUUUCAUUUCACACCUCCCUGUCCCGGCUGCCCCCCAGUGCAGCCCAAGCAAGUCCCCCGUUAGGUGCUCUCACCCUGAAGGCCUGCCCGGCCCCAGGUCUUGCCGUUGCGGCUUGGGCUGGUUUCUGCCUCUCCCCAUCUGCCUCCCUGAUUACCAGGGAUAGUCAGAAACUGGCUUAGACACCCAUCAGCCACAGCUGCUUUUCGUUGUCACUUGGAGGGGGUGAGCGUGUGCAUGUGUGUGCCCAAGCCUGGUGCCUAAGCCCCCAGUUCUCCACUUACACUACUGGGGAUGGAUUAAGUCCAUGCUUUUGAAUCGUAAAAUGGGUCUGGGCUCACCUAGGGCCUGGCCUUUCCUGCCUCUUUGCAAGGACUAGGAGAGGCACAGGAUCAGGCAAGCCUGAGCUACCUUAUGUGGGUGCCCAGAUGAGCCACAGAGAUGGCUGCCUGGUGAGUGACACUCUGGCCACAAGCUUGGAUCAGGCUGUGUGUCACUAUAUUGUGGGAAGCUUUCCUUGUCUCUGCCUGGGAGGGUAUCUGCCUUCGUUCUGCACUUCAGAAGCCUGUUGGCCGCAGGAUUUAGGUUUCAAGCUGUGUUUGGGCUUAGGACAGUGCCCGUCAGCAAGAGUUGGGCCAGCUUGGGAGUAAGGUCUUGCGCUGUACUCAUCCCACAGCGACAGCACAGACUGUGGGUUACUCUUUGCUGCUUUCUGUGGCACUGCCUGAACCAAGCGGCAGGCUUUCUCAGUGUGGCAGGUGGUACUGGACUUUGGGGCUGCCUUGAGCUAACGGGACGACGGUGGGGGAGAUGGCAAUUUGGAACAGGGCAGUGGCGUGCUUUGCGCAGCCGCAAUUGUGUCCAUCCAGGCUCCGGUUUGCCACAAAUAACCAUGCGCAAGCACGUGCCCCCUGCUGUACUUGCCUUUGUAGGCCAGCAGCACCUGAGCUUGAAGAGCCAGCGGCCUGCAGGCAGCUGAUAAGCCCACAGGGAGAACCGGAGCUCUAAGCCUGCAGCAUCAUGGUCUGCAGGUGGUGCACCUGGAAACUGUGCCCGACGGUUCCAGGUUUGCAAGGGAGCUUAGUCCCGAUUCCCCAGCUGCUUAGAGGUACAUUGCCUAGGGCAUCGGCUCCCUGGAUAACUCAUCCCAGGUUGCUGCUAGGUGGGGGUGGGGGGAGAAAUCAGCCUCCGAAUCGGCAUUUCUCAAUUCACAGAUGCCUCUCUCUCAGAAGGUGCAAUGGAACUUCUGCUGCGGAGCCUUUUGGAUUCUGUUGCUUCUGUGCUCCCUCUGGUUCAUUUCGUGGCAGGGAGGCAAGAAGCAGAAGCUUCAUUGUACCUGCUGGUUAGCCUUUUUGUAUGCAAUUUUGAGCCUGUUGGCACUCGUCCUGCCGACGGCAAUACAUCAGGCAUUUUUGUGGCUCUUGAGCAAGUUUGAGACUUUAACCUGAGACACUUGCUGUUCAUACAAAGCCAAGCUAACUGAUCCAUUUGAUCUCUGCCAGCAAGACAGGCCCUGUGAGUGGGUUUGAUCUCCACCAGCGCCUUUGAGUCAGUGCCCUGGGCUCCCGUCACAGCUGAGACCAUGUGAUAGCACGCGCUAGCCAGGAGAGGUCCUCUUCCACACCCUUUGUUGCCCGCUUAGAAAAGCCUCCAGUGCCGGGCUCCUCCGUUAAUGGGUAGAACAGCAGCAUUACUUGUCCUGCCUUCCCUCAAACAUGGCUAAUGUGACCCAUUUCUGUUCUACUUGUUAACGAAGCCUUACUUUGAAUGCUACAGGCAAUGGCACUAAAAAUACACUUGGCCUUUCCAGGUAGUGGAAGAGGAGGUAGUAGAGAGCCCUGCCCUUCCACUGCCCAAGGUGGAGGCUUCAGAGGUGUUCAUCCCACUGAUGUCUCAUGAAGGCUGUCAUAGUGGUGGGAUAGGGCUAGCCUCUUUGGAGUGCUUGGAGUCCAACGACUGCCGGUUACACAGCAGUAAGGUGGAAUCUGGGCUGCAAGAGCUACUACAAUCAGUGCGUCAGAGUGCACUUUCAUCCCAGCCUCCACACUGCAGAAUAACUAGGCCAGUUACACUAGUUGCGUAGAUGUAUGGUUGUAGCCCAUCAGCUGUCACUGGCAACAUGCCGAGGAAGCAAUGCAGGGAGGCACACGCCGUGCAGGACCAUCUUCAGGGCAAAGGGUUACCCUUCUCUUCCAGGGCUGGGCUGGGCUCAUAGGCUACAAGCAAUGGGGUUCUUAGUCCCUUAAGAGCUACAGGUGCCAUUCCUUAGCGUUGACAUUCACCCAGCCAGAUCUGGAAGGUAGCCAUCAAAACUACACACCUGUGUAUAUGAAAACCAUUUGCCCAUUGCUGGAUUUCAGGGUUGACUUAUUCAAACAGUGGCAUCCCCCGCUGCGUGAAUCCAGAUCAGUGACAUUAUUGCUGUGUCCCCUACAGAACUCCUGUAGGCGUCUAUGAGUUACAGAUGAGGGGGUGGGGGGGUGGAGAAGAGUCUAAAACUCUCUAGGCCAUCUCUGUAGCACCUGAGUGCCUAGCAACCCAUCUCCUUACGCCUGGAUGCUUCAUGGGAGCUUAAACUUCCAUAGACCGGCACACUGAUGACAGUCUGAGGAGAGUGAGAUUGAUCAGCCUGUCAGGUUUCUGGUUUGUCCAAGCUGUCUGGGGAAGAGAAUAGGCGUGCAGAGGCUACAUGCAAGCAGGCAGGUAGCCCGCAGAAUGAGAGAAACUCAUUAUGCCAGACAUCACUGGCCCAUCUUAUUCCCCGCUCCAGCCACGUAGGCAAGCCGCUGCUCUUAGCAACACCCAGCUGCUUCAGACGCCUGUGAUUGCUGAGAGCAUAGCACACUCCAUCUGACCCAGCACACCAACUUGCUUCGCUGCUGCACAUGGCAGGAUCAUAGACUGGCUCUCUGACCCUGCUGCUUCUAGUGACACUACCCCUCCACCCCACCCCCAGCUGUUACUCCUGCAGCAGAGCAAGUGUGUGCUACAUGUGUGCUAAACCAGAACCUUCCCACUUUGUAGUCCCUCUUGAAAGUGCAACCUGCGUCAGCCUACCUGAGUGAAAGGCUCCUUAAGAUUGUAGCCCGGACUGCGAGCCAGAAAGUUUGUCCUUGAAGUGAGCUGACUGGAGGGAAAUGCACAGGUGCCAACCUGAUUGCUUAGCUCCUGUAGCAAAAUGCUACCUUGAAAGAAGAUUUUUGCACAUAGAGCAUCUUAGUUUUGAACGACAGCAGGUAGGCGGUAUCUUCAAGGAGCAGAUGGCAAUGAGAUUGUUUUAUUCCCUUGCUGGAGGCUUCAUAGCCAAUUCCCACCCUGCAUAAGCACUCAUCCUCUCAGAGAAGCACCUUAGCUAUACCAUACCUGCCUCGUCUGCCAUUUUCACGAACGGUUCACGGCAAAACAGCGAGCACUCAGACAUGUGCUGCGUUUGCAUUUCUGGUCUAUAUAAAAAGGACAUUAACUCCAUCGUCACAGAUAAUGAACAUACCCCUUGCUUUGUGAAGUGGUACGGGCAUGUCCACCAGUGAAAAAUGUACACUUUAUACCCCAACAGGGAUAAACCAAUGAUUUAGAAGGGACAGACCCUAAUCAACAAAUAGACUUCUCUGUUCCAGCGUUCCCCCAGUCCCUGCUCUCUGAAAUGUAUGCAGAUUGGCUUUUAGCUUUAGGAAAGUCCUAACUUUGGUAAGGAAAAUGGAUCUAGUUGUUUGCAAAAAAACAAAAACUUGCUUCUGCCAGCUAGCUAUUCCCUCUAUGAACUGCAAAAUGCUGGAUCCUCCCAAUCACACAGGACUCAACAACAUGAAUGAGCUUACCUUUUUAUUCAGUUGCUGCCUUACACAACAACAAAAUCCUUUCCCUCUGAACCAGGAUUCUCUCUGUCCACCACGCAACUUGGCUGCAGAGCAGCUUGGGACAGUUGUUAGCAAGUCCAACAGUUUGGAUGUUCCAGACUGCAGAAAUACUUGCUAGCUGAGAACAUAGUAGCCCUUGGUUUUAAAAAGAAAUCAACCCUCCGUUCCCUCUGUGCUCGUAAUUAAGCAAACAGGUUGGGUUACUUCCUACUCUAAAGAAAGGUAAUCACUCUUCUGGUUUGUAACUGAAUAUUAGAUAUUCUAGUUUUAAACAGAAAAAAUAUCUGUGCUUUUAUAUGUAAUUACUAAUUCUUGUUCUAUAAACCACCUAAAUAUUGUGAGAUUGGUGAAGAUAAAUUACUUGAUAUUUUUGGGUUUUUCAACCAUCAUGGCCUUAUUUGUUCAAUUUUUCCAGUGUUUUAAACCUGUGAUAUAGAUGUUUAUUGCAAAAUCUACAUAUUGUAUAAAAUAUAUAUUUUGUGUCAAUCUUUUGUGCGGCGACAGCAGCUUUUAGCUGCACUAUAGACUUCAAGUGGAGUUUGAAGAGCUUUUGUAGGUGUCCUGGGUCCAUGAGAUGGGCAGUGCCUGUGGUCAGAUGAUGUACGUGUGUGUAGUCUAGAGUGCAAAAGCUGUUUUCUACCUUUUGUAGUUCUUUCUUAAGAAAUAAAUUCAGCUGUGUUCUUUGCCUA